UGUCACUUCCUACAAUAAAGUUGGGCAGACAACCCCUUAUGAAGCUAUGUCGACGAGCUGUUGUUCACUUGAUCAUCAUUAAAUAGCUGGUAGGCCUAUCUACUGUCACAUUCUUCAGGAAAAGAUAGCGGCUUUCCAAAUGGAUAAAUAGAACGGCUGCUAAAAGACAAAGAAUGGCAGCCAAUCCAAGAACAUUUGCAGAUGCACAGAGAAUGGUUUUCUCUUGUCAUAAAGAGUCCACAGCUGAAGACAAAAUGUCCUUUUAUGAUAGCUGGUCUGAACUCUAUGAACAGGAUGUGAUGUUUCUGGAUUAUCGUGCUCCUCUCUUGGCUGCAGAAAGCCUAGCAGCAGUACUGAAUGAAGACCGUGACAAAGCACUGGUCCUGGACGUAGCCUGCGGAACAGGACUAGUCGCUGUACAGCUGCAGAGACUUGGAUUUCGUAACUUGCAUGGAGUGGAUGGCAGUGAAGGAAUGUUGGAAUUAGCACGCUCUAAAUCAGUGUACCAAACACUCCACAAAUGUAUGUUGCAUGCAGAGUCACUUCCAGCUUCUUCAGGCAGUUAUGAUGUUGCUGUGAUUGUUGGGGCAUUAAGUGAAGGGCAGGUGCCAUAUACCAUCCUUCCUGAACUCCAUCGAGUUACCAAGCCAGGAGGCUUUGUGUGCAUGACCACCCGAACCAACACCUCAAACCAACUCUACAAGAAACAGCUGCAGGCUGUAAUAGAGAAAAUGGAGCAGAAAGGGUUAUGGGAAAGAGUUGGAGUGCAAGAAAUAGAACAUUGGGAAAAAUCAACAUCUGUACAUGAAGAUGAACAAGAUUCUAAGUACAUCUCUGGGAUAAUUUAUAUGUACCGAAAAUCAAUGUGUCAGGAUUAAAAUGACAACCGAGAAUUAUUAAAACAAAUCUUCAUCAAGAUUCUGUUGGCACUAAAUUGGUCUGCAAUAAAAGUUUAAAUUUCAUUGCA